AGAAAAUGAAAAAGUUUUAAAUUUUUACAUUAACUACUACAUUUUAUUUAGUUGCAUUGGUAUUGUAUACUUAAAUCCGAAUUGAAGAUGAUUCAUUUCAAGGAUAAUAAAAACAAAUCGGCCCUGAGUACAAGAUGGGCACAAAUGUCGAAACAGGAACAAAUCAUCGAGAAAAAGAAGAUGGAAAUCCAAGCAAAGUUAGAGGCUCAGAAACAGGCCGCAGCCCUCGCGGCUCAGGCAAAGCUAUCUAACCCUACUGCUAAAGAAGAGACAGGUUCAGCUAACAUAUUCUCCAAUGAUGGUAGUUUCAUGAGUCAAUAUAAAGCUCUUCUCGAUAAGCAAAGCAAAGAAAAACAAGAAAAAGAUGCAAAAGAAAAACAAGAAACUGAUGAGAGUAAAAGAAUAAAAAAUGAGAGUAAGCCAAAACCUGCCGUAGUUGCUAAGAAAGAGAUUCAUGAAGCUGUAGAAAAUUAUAAUCAGACUUUAGAGAGAAAGCCUGAAAGAGGUUCUAGAGAUAGGCAUAGACGGUGGAAUGACAGAGGAAGAAACAGAGGUCACAGUCCUUUGACUCCGGUCAUAGAAGACAGAAAAAAGAUGCAUGAUAAUACAAAUAUACCAUCUUUAAUGCAGCUGAGUGUUAGACCCCCAGACGAUGACUCUCCCCCGCCCGGCGCACAUCAUCAAUGGAAUUCUCACGAUGCCUCAUCUAACGAUGGCUAUGAUUAUGACAGACAACAAGAUGACUCUUAUGAUGGCCAAGAAUCUGAUUCUGGGCGAAUGGGUUCAGAUCCUAUGAGUCUAAUGGGACCAGGACCAAUGGUUCCUGGACAAAUAGGACAUGGAGCUAUGGGACCCGGGUCAAUGGGACCUGGAUUAAUGGGACCGGGACCAAUAGGGCCUGGGCCAAUGGGGCCUGGAUUGAUGGGACCUGGUCCUAUGGGUUUUGGACCAAUAGGACCUGGUCCAAUGGGUCCAGGACCGAUGGGACCUGGGCCAAUGCCACCCGGGUCUAUGCCGCCAGGGUCUAACAUGGGACCGGGAUCUGGUUCGGGUCCUAAUAUGGGUCCUGGUCCUAUGAUGGGGCCUAAUCCCAAUAUGCCACCAUAUAAUAUGGGUGGACCUCCGAAUUUUCCAAUGCCUCCAAAUUUUAUGGGACCUAAUGGUCCAUGUGGUACAAUGCCUCCUAACAUGUGUGGUCCUGAUGUUCGAGGACCUGGACCGAAUGGCCCUAUGCCACCAUUUUUCCCUCCAUUUUCCAACAAUCAAAUGCCUGGUCCACCAAAUUCAAUGUGCCCACCAAACUCAAUGAACCCAUCAAUUGGACCAAAUGGUCCAAACUUUGGCCCACAGCCUCCCUUCAGGCCCGGAGGUCCCAACUUUGGGCCUAAUGGCCCGCCUAAUAUGUGCCCACCCAACAUGCCAUUCAUGCCACAAGGCCAAAUGCAUCAAAAUUCUUUAUCAUCAAACACACACUCAGAGACUAAACCAUUAGAUAACAUACCUCCACCUGAGCCCAUGAAACUGCAAAAUAUACCACCUCCAAUGCCGAUGCCUCUCAACCACAUCCCAAAACCAAAGGACAUGAAGCCAGGAAACAUACCAGCUCCUCCAAACUCACAAGUUCUCUCUGCAGAUGCGAUGCCGGCGCCCGCGCAGCGCGUCGCCGCCGAGGUGGCGGCCAACGGCGAUCACUGGGAAAACGUGCUGAAAGCUAUACACUCACAAGACCAAAAUUUGUGGUUCCUUCAUAACACCAACUCGAACGAGUACAAGGCGUAUAGGAGUCUCGUAAUAAAACUACGGAAUGAAGGCUCGUUUGAUAGGAAACCUGAGGUGAACCCAGAAGAUAAAUAUGAGCCCGAGUUCUCUUUGGAGGAUGAUGAUAGCAAUGAUCACAGGGCUAUAAAGGAGGAAAGUAACAACAGUUUCAGCAUGCAGGAAUCAUACUACAACCAGUACCAUGAUAGCAUGAUGAAACGUGAGCAGGCCAGCUCGCAGAGUGACGAGGAGCCUGACAGCCGGAGGGAGAGACGCAAGAGGAAGAAGUCACGCUGGGGAGACGACCCGCCCGUCGAUAUAAAGCCACCUGGCGUUGUUGCACCCAUGCCCUCCUUCCCAGGGGCAAAACUGGCAAAAAUAGACGAGGAGGGCCUGAAGCUUACCAACAUAAAUCGAAAUAACCACGCACUGAUGCAGUACGCUAUGACGAAUUAUGGCACCACAAACCUAAACCCCGAGGAUUGGAAGAAGUGUGAGGAUAACUUCAAACUCAACCUAUUGUAUCAGGACAUGUUAAAGAAGAGGCAAGAAGUAGAACGAUUGGCGUACGCGGGGAAACACAAGUAUGAAUAUGACAGUGAUGAGGAUACUGCAGAGGGGACUUGGGAGCAUAAAUUGCGUUCGAAAGAAAUGAACGCAACGGAAAGAUGGGCGACAGAGUUGACGAAACAAGCUGCCGGCAAACAUCACAUCGGAGACUUUCUGCCGCCUGAGGAACUCAAAAAAUUCAUGGAGAAGUAUUCAGCAUUCAAAAGUGGCAAAGAGCCGGAUUUGAGCGACUACAAGGAGUAUAAACUGAAGGAGGAUAACGUUGGUUUCAAGAUGCUGCAGAAGCUCGGGUGGAACGAAGGCCAAGGUCUGGGAGCCGAGGGCACCGGCAUCGUGGACCCUAUAAACAAGGCGAACCAACCUAUGGCGAAUUUGGGGUUGGGCGCAUCGACAUCGGACCGCGUGUCGGCGGAUGACGACGAAUUCGAUGCGUACCGCAAACGCAUGAUGCUCGCCUAUAGGUUUAACCGGGCGCUUCGUACGUCCGUAGCAUGGCACUGGGGCUUCUUCAGGAGGGAUCAGCUCCGCCUCCGAAAUCGGGGCAGAUCGGUGUCAGAUGCCGGUCUUUGUACAAUUAUUGAUCAUGAUUUGGACUUCUUGGAUAUGCCAGUAUCAGCUCGACGUUCCUUGCAAGUUUCAGCUUCCGUUGGAGCCAUACCAGAGCUUGUUAUUAAGUCGGUUGGCGGGUCGAGCAGCGCGGUCGGGCUCGAGGAGGCCAGCGACGGCAGCGACGCCGAGCGCUCACGAAGGCACCUCCGUGUGCCUACUCCUACCUACUUGAGCCAGUCAACCGGGAACUUCGCGUCGGGCGCGGCGGGUGGCGGGUGCGGGGCGCCUCGCUCCGCCCCCGCCACCCCGCUGCAGCUCGAGCCACAUUCACGAUCCAAACAUGACAAAAAUGCAGUGAAGCCGUUGUCCGGUUCGGCGCCGUCGGUGCGAGUGUCAGGCUUGGCGUCGGGAGACGAGGCGAAGGAUGGCAAGCAGCCGAGCAAAUCCCGACAGAAGAAGUUCCAGAGGCAUUUCCCGCAGGUCGGGCCUGAAGAGCGAGUACUCAACUAUUACUCGUGCGCCUUAGUCGGUGAUCUACUGUUGCAAGGGCAUCUGUACAUUACGAAGAACUACUUCGCUUUCUACUCUAACGUCUUUGGCUAUGUGACUAAGCUGUUAAUACCGACGACGUCCGUCCUUCGUAUAACGAAAGAGAAGGUGGCGCGUAUAAUUCCCAACGCGGUGGGCGUCUGCACGCGGGACGAGCGCCACGUGUUCGGCUCGUUGCUGUCGCGCGACUCCACCUACAAGCUGAUGAUGCACGUGUGGAAGAACACGCGCGUGCCCGAGCUAGCCGUGCCUGAGCCACAGGAACUUCGGGGUUCAGAAAUAGAAGCAUCCGAGUACUCGCCGGAGGACGACAGCAGCUCCGGCGGCGCCGACCACGUCGAUGCGCCCGCCACCACCGUGCGCCCCGAGCCCGAAGCCAUCAUAGCUGCCGCGGGUGCGGCAGUAAUCCAGCCUGCGUUGCUGACGGGUUCGGCGCCGCCGCGCCGCGCGCCGCGCUGCACGCACGCCUUACUGCUAGCGCUGGCCGUCCUGCUCUCCUGCUCCGCUGCCUUCUUCGCCUACCGACUCUACCACUGCUCCGAUACCUAUCCGAGUUCGUCGUCUGGAGAGGAGUUAUACUCGGAGCUGGUGCGGUGGCGCGCCAGACUGCACGGCCGCGCGGCGUCCGAGUUGCACGCGUUCCUCUCCACCAACCUGCUGUUACUCACCAAGGUGAGGCAGUCACUAGAAGCGCUAUCGGGCGUGAUACUCACAGACAUGGCACACGCAGAUAUCAACAUUGAUGUGCCCAACGAUACCGUGUUCAGUUAGCGUGCCGCGAGUGAACGAGGAGUGAACGAUAAGUGAACAUAGAGUAAAAGUUGAAGAGUGAACGUGGAGUGAAAGUGAAGAUGAAUAGUCGGGGCGCUAUUAGACGGUUCAUCUAGUUAAUCGCACGCUGGAGACAAAUCGAAAGCUAAUUAAACUGCAAGAAUCGCAAAAUACACAUACCAAAAGAGGCGUAAGUUUCGAACGCAACGGUUAUUGGCAAUAGCAACACCGCUUAACAAAGUUAGCCAAUGACUUCGGCAGCUACAAGUUUUGCAGAAAAUCGUCUGUAAAUUAAUUAAUCAAAGUAGCUACCAUCGUAUACUUUAUGAUCGUCAAUAAACAAUAAAUCAAUAGUGUUUACAGACGAUAGUCAUCGAUAAUAUCAAUUGGCGAUUUUUUGGUAACACACGGGUAUAAGUAUUUAAUAUUUGUUGCGUUCGAUGCGUGUGGUUUGUCUCUAAAGUGCGAUUAGCUAGAACAGUCAGUGAAAAGUAAGCCAAGUGAAGUGAACGGACCAGUGAUAUUUAACUAGUGCAUUUUUAGUUUCUCUGUGAUCAAGUUUAAAGGUAUUAAUUUCCUUUACGGACACAUCCGAGUUUGUACCUGCUUCGUACGUUGCAGCUUACUAGCUUCUUUGGUUCUACCAAAGUUUAGAAAUCAUACAGUUGGGUAAUGAAUAUACUAGUGUAGAUAGAAUAAUGGCAAGUCGUAAGACCUAUUAAGAAAGGUAGUAGUAGUAAGAAAAAUGGGUCAGAAAUGGCGUUGAAACACUUUUUUAAGGGUCUCCUACCCAGAUGAAUAUGUUAGUCCCAUUAUAAUCCAAAUAUUUAACAAGAAACAUCAAAAUGCCAUUGAACUUACAGACGAGCAUAAUAUAAUAUCUACUUUGUUGUGUUUUGCACUGUCUCUCAGUAAUUAGCUAAGGCAACUAAGUAAUAUUUAACAUUGUUAAUAUUCUUUAAAAACGUCCGUAAACUAAGUUUAUUGCCAACUGUAUGAUUUCCAAACCGUGGUUCUAUCUUCGCGUAACCAAGUUUCGCGUACUGUGAUUAUUAUUAUUUCUUUAGUUAGAAUUUCGUGUUCUAACUGUUAAACAUUCAUAGUAUCUUUUCUAUACAAAUAACUAGUAUGUACUUUAUACAAAAUUAUGAAAUACCUUCUGUUUCACGCUGGUGUAAAAUAAAUCAUGGGUCUAUAGUAAAACAGUACUGUAAGAUUUAAAAAAAUAAAUAAAAUGAUGACGUGUAGAAAAGAUACGAUGAGUGUUCACCCUAAGUUGUAUAAAGUUAAUUUAGUGUUUACCCAAAGAAAACUCUGAUUUAAAAAUGUGAUUUUGUAUAUAGGAGCAAGUCAAAACCAAUUAAAGAGCCUAUAAGGCGACGUUAGGUGUUAUUGAAUGUGUCAAACACGAUAGGUUAAGGGUGAUAGACGGAUAGGUUUCGAGGUUAGAAUUGUAUGUAUUGAAUUUGACCCAAAUACGUAUGGAAAAUGCAAAGUUACCUAUUUAAGUUUUUCAGUAAUAUUUUUCCUAGUAGUUGGACUUAAAAUGAUAUUUUGUUGAGUGAAGUAAUUCUUAGUUGGUUUUUGUCAAGAACAAACGUUUCCUUUAAGUCCGGUUUACUUUAUUCCAGAAGAACUUCAAAAUAAGAGUGAAUAAGCAUCUUCUAGGCACACACGCUCUACCUUAGGCUGCAUCAUCACUUACAUGAUAUAGUGUGAUUGCAGUCAAGCGCAUGCUUACAUAGUUUAGAUAAAUAUUUGCUAAAUAACUAUGGUUAUGAUUAUUAUGAUUAUAAAAUAAUUCCAGUAGAUAUAUAAAUCUAGUGCUAUAACUGCAGAGGCCUACAUAUGACUGGUAUAAUGCAAAAGAAAAUCAAGCACUGGAAUUUUAAUACAUUUACCGACUAUGACUACUAAAUUAAAUGAAAUCUAUAUUUAUUUUAUAAUAAUAUAAUUUGUAUAUUCUUGGUUUUUGACAUUUUUGUUUUGAAUCGGACAUUCUUUGCUUGUGAUACUUUUAUACAUUGAUUGACCUUGAUUAUAAAUCAAUUGAGAUUUACUUAAAA